AAGCCUACGUUUGUGUGUUCCCGCAUUUUCCUAAUCUUUGUCAGUCGUUUCAGUGGAGGGUGAUGACUGCAAGAGGUAACAACUGUUUCCAUAGUCCUGAGGACUAAUGGUAACCUGAUAAGAAAGACCUCACCCAAAACCAGAAACAGGCCUGCAUCUUCCUUCCUAAACAACCAAACAAAUAGAAGCUUUGCCACUUUAGUGACUGAUACAGAAAAGAUAAGAGAUAUUUUCUUCCUCCUCCAUCAUGCCCCAAAUUCCAUUAACAUAGCACCACUUUUGGUGGAAGAGAAAGAAACCAUCAAUUUUAGUGGAGGAGAGAGGAAAUCACCAAAUCAGGAGGAGAGAGAAACCCACCAGAGAAAAUGGCGACAUCGAUGACGGGUUCGGCUGCGAUUUCUGGCCUAGGCCGCCUCAUAACUUGUAGAGAGAGGACAGCUUUCAAAGACAGAACCACUCGAUUAAGGUGGUGUGGGUCAGUUGGAAAUGGAGGAAACAUCAUAUGGGGUAGGCAACUAAGGCCUGAAUUCCUAUUAGAGAAGCCCUUAUUGCCAGAGAAAGUCUCUGGAAAGCGCCACCAGGUGAUAAAAGCUGCAGCUUCUGAGAGCUCUUCCUCAGGACAAGGGGAGGUGGCUGCUCCUGUUGCGUUUGUGGACAAGUAUCCGGCUUUGGUCACUGGUUUCUUCUUCUUCAUGUGGUACUUCCUCAAUGUGAUCUUCAACAUACUCAAUAAGAAGAUCUACAAUUAUUUCCCCUAUCCUUACUUUGUUUCUGUGAUACACUUGUUUGUGGGUGUGGUGUAUUGUGCGGCCAGCUGGACAGUUGGUCUUCCAAAGCGCGCACCGAUAGACUCCAAAUUGUUGAAGUUGCUGAUCCCUGUUGCGGUGUGCCAUGCGCUCGGCCACGUCACCUCCAACGUUUCUUUUGCAGCUGUUGCAGUUUCUUUCACUCACACCAUUAAAGCUUUGGAGCCGUUCUUUAAUGCAGCAGCAUCUCAAUUUGUGUUGGGUCAGCAGAUCCCCUUAUCCCUUUGGCUCUCUCUCGCUCCUGUGGUCCUUGGUGUGUCCAUGGCAUCUCUUACAGAGCUAUCCUUCAAUUGGACCGGGUUCAUCAGCGCGAUGAUAUCUAACAUUUCCUUCACAUAUAGGAGCAUUUAUUCCAAGAAAGCUAUGACAGAUAUGGACAGCACCAAUCUCUAUGCCUACAUUUCUAUAAUUGCUCUUAUAGUUUGUAUUCCUCCGGCCCUCAUCGUGGAGGGGCCUCAAUUGAUCAAGCAUGGAUUUGCUGAUGCCAUUACAAAGGUGGGGCUACAAAAGUUCGUUUGGGAUCUCUUCUGGGUCGGCAUGUUCUAUCACCUCUACAAUCAGCUGGCUACCAACACAUUGGAGAGGGUGGCACCCCUCACUCAUGCUGUCGGAAAUGUGUUGAAGCGUGUCUUCGUGAUCGGCUUCUCCAUCUUGGUCUUCGGGAACAAGAUUUCUCUCCAGACUGGCAUUGGAACAGUCAUUGCCAUUGCAGGUGUCGCAAUUUACUCUUUCAUCAAGGCUAAGAUGGAAGAAGAAAAAAGGGCUUUGCAGCAAAAGACUGCAUAAAAUGGUGAUGUGGGCUACAAUCUGAGCUGAUGAUUCAGAAAUUCUAUCAUCUUCGACCUCCAAUAUCGUUUAAGUCUGCAGCAUUGCCCAUGCAAUGAUCAUCCAACCUCACUUUCCACAUCACAAAAUCCCAUUUUAACAGGAAAGAAUGGCUCCAUUCUUGGACUCAAUAAAAUCCUUGAACUUUAAGUUAGAUUCAACGAUGGUUUUUAAGGCUUGAACUCGGAUUAUGAAUGUAAAAAAUUGCUGGUUUAAUUAUCUCAAAAUAAUUGGAAAUGAAAUUUCUUUUUUGA